AGAUGAGCGACAUGGAAGAGCAGGGCGUGUUUCUGAGCAUGGGCGACGUCGCGCAGCCGCCGGCGCAGGAGACGCCGAUGGACACGACCGAGUGCGACGGCGUGCCCUGCGAGGUGGUCGACCCGGCGACGCUCGGCGCCAUCGAGCGCAACCUCGGCUACGUGCCCACGAACCUCAUCACGGUCGCAGCGUUCCACGAGAGCGACGAGCACGGCCACGAGCCCGCGGUCCUCAUGCUCUACCCACUGCGCAACUGCAUGGACGCAUACAAGAAGCACGAGCGCGCGUACAUUGAGCCGUUCCCAACGACGUUCUGGCUCGCGUCCACGGAGCUCAAGGAAAAGGUGUCGGUGCUCGAAGGCAUGGGGUUUGUUGAAGUCUUCACCGAACGGUUAACAUCCAACCCCGAGUACCUCGAGGCCAUGGCGAUGGCGCACCAGAGCUACGCCGAUUUGCGCUACGACCUUCUGACGCCCCGCGAUGAAGCCAUUGUCGAGGCCAAGCGCUGGGAGCGUGCGCUCAAGCACGUGGGCAUUGCCGGCAUUCGCAACCGCGCGUCCGUCAAGUGCCUCCACACGCACUACGCCCACUACCUCGCGACCAAGAACAACCUUGUCGGCGCCUGGGUGCAAGAAGCGCUGGACGACCUCGCCGUGCAGGCAGCGUAGAGUGAUUAGACAAACGUGUUUCGGUAUCUAUUCCAGUGUACCAACGCGACGACGGACCGGCGCAUCUACGACUUGGCUUCGACUUCCAUCGUGUAGUCGUAGUCGAUCGUUGGGAUGACCGACUGCAGAAACUUGAGAAAGAUAAACAUGUACUGGUCGCUGC